GGCGGCGGCAGCAUCCUGAGCAAACAACAGCAGCAGCAAUACUGAACAGGUGAGACUAAGCUAAUGGCUAAUACGCAUUUACUUCUGAGUGUCAACAGCGUCUCCUCUUCUUUUCACCAAAGUGUUGAGUUAAAACGUGUAAACUUUAUCGCUAACGCGGUUGUCGGUGGACAUUGACGAAGCUGUCACAGAGUGUCGCUCGGUAUCAGUCGAGAGUCAAAGUGACUUGAUGGCAGCUCGUCUGUUACAGCGUCCCUGUUCCUUUAAUGUAAUGACUGGAGCAGACGUGUCGCCCCUGACACGGCAAUGACUGUCACACAAUAGCCGAAGGAGCCGAAGGACAGGUUGUUUUCUGGCUAAUUGAUGUUGGUCAAAUAAAUCGAAAAACAAUCGGCGUGCAGGACGUAAAUAACGUGCCCCGGGUCUUACAUCCAGGAUACUCAUCCUGGAUGUUUGUUUACUAACGCUGCACCGUGGUGAGUCGUGAGUUCAACAGGGGACGUGGUCGAUAACGUUACUCCACAUCUGCUUUACCAGCAUCCCGUUGAUUGGCUCAAUUCUUCUUCCACCACGGUUAUAAGUCAGUAAAAGUCACAAUACAGUGAUAAUGUUAUCGUCUAGUAAUGUUUUACCCGACAUCUCUGUUCAUUUGCUGUCCUGUGUUGAGGGACAUAUCGGUCAUUUUGUCUCACAUGUCGGUGGAGAUUACCAUCCUUACAUAAUCCAGAAACUAUAACAUUUAGUUUUUUUGCUAUAUUUUCUUUAAAUCUUAUUUAAAGAAUAAGAAGACAUGAAAGUCUAAAUGCUCCAUCAAAGCCCUCCACACAGCCAGGAAUAGCCUGUUUAUAUGCAGGAGAGAUGCUGUGACUUUUAUUUAUUUAUUGUUAUUUGUUUUAGCUUAAACUCAGUCAAAUGUAAAUUACCCUUUAAAUAUUGGAGUUGGUUUAUAGACUACUCACCAUGUGUAAGUUUUAAAAAAAUGUAAAGUCCCCUCCGGUUGCUAAAACCACCAACUUCUCCUGAAAUACAGAGGACAUGACCUCAGUGCCCUGAACUGAAGAUGUUUUAACAAUACAAAUAUUUACUUUCAUCGUUCAAUUUCAAGGAUUUGAAUGAAUGAAAGUUUUUUUUUUUUUUUCUCAGAUCUAUAUGAACGGUAGAAACAAGGCACUGUUUAGCACCUGCUUUUUCACAAGGUUAUCAUACUUUGCUUCCUAAAAUAAACCUGGGAAUGUAUAAAUUAAUUUACCAAAUUGGCUGUACUGCUUAGGUUUCCCUGUGUUUUAAUGUACAUUUUACAUUUGCUGCCAAUGGCAAGUUUCCUUUGGAACCACUUGAGCGCUGCCGUUUGUUCCUCGUUAGAUCAGUGCCAUGUGAAGCAGUCAAACAAGGCCCUGUUGUGUUAGGUGUUGUUAUUUUUGAAAGGUUGUUGUUAAUGUCUUUAUUAGGCCCUUAAUUGCUUAAUUACAGCAAACUAUCCUGACUAAGCUGCUGUGAGUCAUUUUACUCCUGCCACGUAACAUUCUACCUGUAACCCAGAAACAUCACAUCACCGUCUAAAUGAGAUGAGUGAUGCUUGAAAUAUAAACCUUUUCUAUGUUGGUCAUGGCUUGCUGUGCGGCAAAAUUGGACAUCUCAAUAAUGAAAAAAAAGGGGGAGAGUAAAGUUGUAAGUUAUCCUAAUUGCAGAGCUUACGUUGCAGUCUUGUGUUUAUAGGAGAGGCCAGCCUUGCAAUGGAACGCGCAUGUGUUCUUUGGGAGAAACCAAAUGGGCAACAAAUGACAGCUUUCACUUUCCUCUGUUCCUUUUGAUUAUGCCAGGAGAAAGGAGAGUUCAAACACGAGCGGUGCACCAGUCAUUUAAGAGGAGGUCAAUGUGGAUGUUUGUUGGUAAUUAUACCCUUUGUUUUUGUUCCCAUGGUUAACCAUCCAAGAAGGGGAAAUAGUUGGAAGUCUGUCUUUGGCGUCUGGGUUGUGUUCAGGACAGGCGGCGCUAGACACAAAAAAAGCCCCAAGGGAAGCUUGUGUCAACGUAAUGACGGACAUUCAGACUGUAGCGCUGAGUAAAGGGAUGGACACAGUUUAACCAUUGACAUUUACUGAUGGAUGUCAUGUGAUGGGGCUCCUUUCUUUUCUGUGUCUGUGAUGUCUAGUGAAAGAGAAACAUCGCAUGAACACAUCUGUCAACAGUUUAUAGGAUUGAUACAUUUUAAUUUGUUAUUGAUUUCAUGACGUUCUGUUUGUCAUUGCUGGAGGUAGAAGGAUCUGUUAUGCCUGGACGCAUACUUAGCAUGCCCUCGUAGAGCCUGAAACACUGAAUCUCCCUCGUUUUUCUUCUAGAACUGCUCUCAUCCUCUGUUCAACGCAUUAUCCAGGCAGUUCCUGUCGUUGGGAGCACCCAUGUCUGUUGGUACAGCGGUGGUGUGGCUUGUUUUGUGAGACAGUAAAUGAUACCCGGUUGAUCUCCUCACGAAUUGUCCUCGAUGGGAAGAUGUCAAUGUGUGACGCUCUGAAGGAAAUUCAUGUUCUCCUCUCAGUGCUGUCCCACACACACAGGAACAUCAACUGAGCGCCACCAGUGCUGGUGUCCUGGUUUAACUACGCACUUAGGGACUGUGAGUAGAAAAUUAGCAGCUGCACUGGAGUCUGUCACCGGCAUGCCGUAACUGACAUGUGAAAUGAGUAAGGGAGGGAGGGGGGGGUUGGGUGACAACAUUUCUUUUGACCUUGUACUGCUGUGGUAAGAAGGGUGAAAGGCAGAUACUGCAGGGAUGUAGUCGUGUACACCGUACGUCAGACGCUCACUGCACACUUCAGAUGCUCAGAUGUUGAAUUCUCUUCCCAGUUGCUCUUUAGAGAAUGCGAUCGCACCAUAAUAACGACCUGCAGGUGCACUAUAACCCUAAGACAUCAAUCUGUGUUCACACUCUAAAUAAUGGGGUCAAUUAAAUUAUCAGGUAUCCAGUAAUCCCAAUAUGUUCAUGGCAAGUCUAAAUGCUGUCAAGAGAUGCAAUCGGCUGUCUGUCCUAAUAUGUGGACAAUACAUCUUAUUUAGUCAAAGCAGUGCUGGUCAGGCGUUUAAGAUUCAAUCAAGACUUAGAUUUAUUUAACAAUGCAAUGUGGGGUUCGGGGAGUAAAGUUGUGAGGAGGAAUGGUCUCGUGGGCGCAGUUUGACAAUGUGAGUAGUCAGGGCCGGAGUUGAGUAAGUAAAGUUACCAGCACCAUGUUGAGCUUGCAUGAAACUUUGGCCACAAGGAGUAAUCGGUGAGAUACCCGUCUUUACCAGAACACACACCACCCCACUCCCCAUAAUGAUGAGGAUCAAGGAGGCUGCUGAGCCGUACCAGCUUGAACCUGUGGGCUGAGUUCAUCAAGUCCACAAGUUGCUGUGUGGUGUUUCCCUGAAAUGACCUGUCAAUCAAUGUGUGUGUGUGUGUGUGGGGACGGGGGGGACGGGACAGUUCUGUGUUGAGGGGCAACCAAAGUCAGAUACACAAUAUUUUGCAGGUCACUUCACAAUGGAAAAGGCCUCAUUUGUGAAAUGUUUUUGUGAGAUUACAUCUUUGGUAAUGACAAGCAGUAGUCUUUGUUUGCAGAAAUGUAGUUUGAUGAAAAAAAGCAUAAUAGUGGACUAAUCGACUACGAGGAGGCAGCCUUAGUUUGAGGUAAAAUGACUAUCGCUUAAUAAACUUAUGACCAGAUGGUGGAUUUCCUGCUGGCUAUGUCGGAGCAGAGCCGUUUUGGAAGCAAGUGUACACUGUGUCCUGGUUCAUAAAGGGAUCAAACUAGCAAUGAUUUCCCUGGCGUUUAUUAUCAGGUAAAGCCAUUAGCAAUAUACAGUUGAAGGCAAUGUGUUGCUUUAGAAGGCUUGAAAUGAGCUAUUGUAUUUAAGAUUCAAAUAUAAAUGAGGCCCAAGAUUAUGUGUAUGGAUUAGUGAGAGAGUGAAUAGAUGAUAUGUAAAUGUGCCCUAGCCUGGUUGGUGCUAGAUGUGGUACCAGAGAGAGGGGCUGACUGGGUUACUGUUAAGUGACGUGAACAUCACAACAGCUCAUCGCAAGACGCUCCGUGCAUACUACAGUAGCUUGAAUUGUUUUGUGUUGAGGUUAGUUUGCCAGAGAACUCUUGUUUGUCCCUAUGCAAUCGUUCAUUUAGCCUUUUAUAGCUGUGGAUGUUGACGCUCUUGUUUAUAACAGGAUUAGCCUUCACCCUCUUCAGCAUGAGGAUCUUAGGAAAAUACUAAUACGGGUCAGAAGCACAUUUCUCUUUCCCACUCUCUUCCACACACACAUUCAGGGGAAAGAACUCAGUAAUGAGAAGAAAGAGUUGUAAUCUGUCCUGAAGAGGCGAGGUCUGGUCUGCAUACAGCUGGAGUGGCACGUCCUUUACUGCAGAGGAGGAGGCUUUAAUUGAGGAGAUAAGAGGAGAUGGACUGAUUGGAGCAGGAAUGAGCACUGAUCUGGCAUUUAGUCAGCUUGAUGAAUAGAAGCACCCCUAUUUCUGACAGAAUGUGAGGCUGCUCAGUAUGCUGUCAGCAGGUUACAGAUAGUUUGCGUAAUAUUUUUAACUCUGUGCUUUUGCCUCUUGCAAACACACAGAUGGCUCCCAGCCUCCACAGUAUUUGCCAGACUUUCUUCUCUCAGUUUCUUCUCAAGCUUCACCUUCCAAAUGGCUCGGGGAGAGAAAAACUUCAGCACUGGCACAGUGACGUUUUCUGUCUGAGAGGUAUGCUAUAUAUUAGCUGCAUAUAUACGCUGUGAAGGAAGGUAUCGGCCAAGCAUCUUCUUCCUCUAGCGCUCUCUCUUUAGUUUAAGAACGUCCAGGAAACAGACUGCAUACUUGACAAGCAUCACAGUCUAACUCACUGGCUCCAAGGAAUGCUGGCGUUUCUGUAAAUGGGUCAUCUGGGCCACGUCUGAGGUAAAGCCAAUAUAUGGCCUUUUGACAUGAAUGUCAGGCCAUUCUCCACUAUUCUCAGUGUCUUGCAGAGGUGAUAAGAUAGAUGAUUUGAUAUAUUAUUGAGUUAUCUCAUCCAGGUAAACAGGAUACGCAAGUUUACAAGUGUGACAUUCACACAUGCGUGGGGUGUGUCUGUGUCAUUAAAAUGUUUGCUUGGUAGCUGAAAUAGUUCUGACCCAUUGUUCUCUUUGAAGUCUCUCUCACACAGGUUACAUUGAACACACCCACAAUGCACAUCAAAUAGCUCUGUGCCACAAAGUCUGUGUACUGUUGCAAAAGACAGAGCAGGGAUUGGGCCUUUUUAGGUUGGACAGUAAUUGUACUCAAUACUAUGAGGUUCCAUUGUGGAAAACCACUGAGAUCUGUUCAGCGGUUGUCUUUUUAUUCCCUCGCGGCUCUCAUGGAUGCUAUGCUAUAGUGUUUCUAUGGAACCCGCCCACUCGCUGUACAUGUAGCCAGCCAGGCAGACAGGAAAGCAGCAGACGUCUGUGCAGCGUGGCUCUGACUGACUGUUUAUCAGACGAGAACUUUGACACGAUCGGAGCAGGAAGUUUGGCCCUCGAGGGAGCCCGGCUCUGAGAAAGAUAGAACAGAAGACGAAAUAUGCAAGAUAACUGUCUCUUUAUCAACUCCGACUGCUUUAUCUGGUCUGUCUGGUGAAACCACGUAGGGCCUGUAGUAGUUACAAAUAUUUGCUAAUAGGCUUAAUUAUUAUGCCCGCGAGUCAUGUCUUAUUAUGAAAUAGCAAAUUAUAUUAUGUCAUGUUUUAGAAAGCAGUAUUUGUAUAGAAGCUAGUAUUGAGGACUUUUUAAAAGUUCAAUUUGAGCACAGGAUGUGAAGAAAGCUGCAUAGCUUGACUUAUGCAGGUUAAAAGAUGUGAAUAUUUCAUCAAAUGGAGAAAUGAACUUCCCAGUAUCUCAUGGUAAGAACCCCUGCUGUAUAGGCCCAGAAGCCAGCCAAAUAACCUAUUGAUUUAUACCCAGAUCAAAGGAAAUCAUCAACUCAGCACUUUCCUCACAAGCUCUGCCUUCAUCUCAUCUCUUCCUGAACUAAAUGAUGCUGAUUUAAGCAGCAGCUCUCCUCUUUAGGCUAUUUCAAAUUCAAAUGGCGAGGAGUAGUUUCUCUGUGUUUUGGUAGAAACAUUAUAGUAUGAUACUAGAAGGCUGGAUGGGGUUCUUGUUUGACUCUUUCUAGCAAUUAUUCACAUCAAAGUCUCCACACAGGCAGUUGGCACAGUAAUCAGUAGCCUUAAACACAGUACAUACAAGCAGACGUACCACUUGUGAACCACUGCUUCCUAGCUGUAGGUUCAGGGCUCCAUUCCCAGGAGUGCAAUUUGAACCAUUUAAAGUCUGUUAUAUUUGUACAGCUGUAGGCAUUCGAGUGUGUUUUGCUCACAUUCAAUUAUCACCAAUUGCGCCUGCAGAAUAUGUCACACAUUUGUUGCAAUAGUGCGAAACUAGGGUUCCACUUCCCAUAUGCUGCGUUUGGGAAGGAGGUUUUGCAUUGGUUUGCGUACUAGUUUCAGAUCCCUUCAGACUAAUGGGGAAACCCAGAGGGAGAGCAGAGACCAUCUCACAGCAUGGUGCACAGACUAAUCCCACACUCACUUCCUGUUUCACUUUAGCUGAGCUAAUGACUUAUACCGCUUCCUUCAACCCAGGUGCUGUACAGAUGCUUCAGAGCUGCCGACGUGACAGGCACAAUUAAUACAAUAAUGCAUGUGUGUAAGCACACAAAGUGAAAGAUUGCACAUAUACACUCUAUAUUUGUACAGCAAGUUAUCUAUCUGUUCUGCUUCACUAGCUCUAGUGCUGAUGUUAAAUGUGCAGCUGCUGUGGUGGUUGCCACUGAUGGCAAUCAAAGACCAAUAUUUGGUUGGCAAUUUCUCAAAAAGGUUGCCAAUGUUAACCAGGCAACCGUUACAAGCCCCGAUGAUCCACAGUUAGUGUUACAUGAUCUAUUUUUUUUCUUCGCAAAAUUGUAGCUUGGCAUGAAGCUUGCAUGACUUUUGAAACAGUUGUUUUGUAGAGUUUCUGAUUGUAUAAUGAAAGUAGGCUCUGCCUUCAAUGAUCAUGGAAAAAGCAGUAUUUCAAGCCACACACUCGCCAUCAUUCUGCAUGAUACAUUUGUUUUCACAUCCUUUGCGACAGUGCUGUGUCCAUGUUUAGAGUGUGACUCAGUGCUUUUUCCUGUAGACGGAGGGAGGAAAAAGGCUCUCAGGAGCUUCAACGUGUCUGCUGCCACCUCACCUAGUGAGCAUCCAGCCACAUCGCUCUAUGUUCCAUCAUUAUUUAUUAAUGUCUGGCCAGUUUCAUACUCCGGGGGUUUGCUAUUUCCUGUUUCCUUUCUGUAAGUUUGGUUUUAAUUCAUACAAAGGAUCCUGGCGGUAUGGAAGAGGAUGUCAGUUGGCUGUUUUUAUGGCAAACAAUUGGUCCAGUUACUGGAAAUUACAAGUCUCUAGUGGUAAGCUUUUCAUCUAAGUCCAUGUCCUAUAUUGGGACACCUCGGACUGUGUUAUUGUUCUUACACUAUGGCCACUUACCAAUGGAAAAGUGAUGUACUGUUGGCUGCACUGGGGACUCCUACAAGUUGGUCGGGAUACCCUGCAACAACCUCAUAGUGGUGGAAAAGUCAUGUAGCAUGCCUUUGACUGAAAUGUCUCAACAGCUAUUGCAUGGCUUGCUGAAAGUUUCCCAUCUUCAGCAGGCUCUCCAGACCUGAUAAUACAAAUAUGCUCUCAGGCAUGUUUGUUCGAUCUGCAGCCAUCCAUAAAGGGUACACUGGAAGAGAAAACAAAGACAAUUUCUCUGCUAUAUCUCUACAGAUGAAUUUCCUAAGAAAAAAACAAAUUAAACAGUAGUUAGACUGUUUAUUAGAACUAUGUUUCAAGUGUCUUGACACGUAAACAAGUAUUUUCUGUGGUCAUGAUGUAAUCCACAGCCCACCACUGGCAGUGAACAAUCACAGGAACAGUACAAUGUUUUGACAGCAUUUUGUAAUGUCCGCCAGUCGCAACAUUGCAGAAUCAGUGUAGUCGAAAGCAUGCAGCAUGCGUCAAAUCACACUCGACAUCUACAUCAGCAGCGGGGUGUGAAACAGCCUGCAGUGAAAAGCAUUCUGAACUGUUUCUCAACCCUUUGCAGCAUCCUUUUUAAAAAAAAAGCUGUUUUAGUGGUGGUGUAGGGGUGUGGUCAGACCAAGUUCCUCAAUUUACCACUUGCCACAAACUGAAGGCUGUUUCAUCCCGGACCAGAGUUCAGUAUGCUCUCUACCCACAUGCUUUACGGCCUUGGCAUGCCGUACGUUGUGGGAUCCAAAUUAGACCAGUAUGGUGGAGCAGGAAAUGCAGACCCCUCCACAAAUGAUCCACCCUCACAUUAAGAAGCGCUUCUCACACAAAGAUUGGCUUUGUCAGUGUUGGUAGCUGCUGUUUGUGCCCAAACAGCCCACAGCCCACGUAGGAAAGAAAGAGCUCAUAACAAUGUCGUGAAGCAAUCUUUAUUUUUUAGACAUUUUGGACAUAGUUCACAACAAGUACUUGCUUUGCGUGGUGGUUUUUAAUUCAAGAACACAAACCACAAACGCACACGGUCCCACGUUAAAUCCAAUUACAAGCCACUGCCCUGAGAACAAAGUGCAGACACCUGCAUUUCUAACAACAGCGGUUUGGGCUGUGUGAUCAUAAUAGAAAGUUGUUACCCUUAUUCAGACCGUGCAUGGCCCGGUAUGUUGGAGAUCUGUUCCUCCUCCUCGUCCAUUCUCCUUUUUUUGCCGUGUGUUCUUCUCAAGUAAGAAAAAAGUCUGGAAAAAAACUGUGAGAGGAGAAAACCAUGCCCCAUGGCUGAGACUCUGUGUGAGAGUGAAAGAGUUAGCAGCACAGCGGUUGGCCGCCUGCAGUACUUCCUCAUCCUGACUGCUGCGUUGAGGCAGACGGCCGUUGCUCCUGACCUUUUUUUGAAUUGGCCCUCAGAGUCUCUUCGAAGAGCUCGGCAAAGGACGCAUAUUCUGGUCUGUUUUGCUUCAGGGCUCCCUGGCAGAGGGCAGGCCCUAGGACAGCGUCGAGCACCGAACACGUGAGUGAACAGCACCGCUGUUUUGUUUUGUUUAGCGUUUUCUCUGACACCAAUCUGUCACCACCCUCUUUCUCAUUACUCACUUCUUUGAGCUCUUGUACAAUAUUUGGAUAUGUUGUUUUAUCUUCCCGUCAUUGUUUUUCAGCUUUAAAGAGACAAUGCAGUUUGUUUGGGCUGGAAUAUGUGAUUGGUCAUAGUAAUAGAAACGUUUUGAAUAGGAAAAAAGUCAUUUUGUAUGAUAAGUUAGGCAGAAAGUGAAGUGAGAACAUCUGCUGCAGAUAUUUCUUCUGCCAGGUUUCUCACAUUUCUGUCAACCACUGAAAGUAGAAUGUUGGAAAGGAAACGUGAACUGUAUGCAGGACGAGUAUUUAUUCACGUUUUUACAACCGUAGCUAACCAGAGAUAGCUAUUUUUAGGCUUAUGUUAUGCUUAGUAUGUUAUAUUGAGGUUUAUGUUAGCCUUUGCUGAACAUUGAGUCAGGCAGGAAGAAACACAUGAGAGGAUGUGAUGACACACGUUCAACCUAGCAUCUUAUAUCCUUUUAUGUUUCCAAAUGCGGUCAGGAGCAUAUAAGAUGCAUAUUAGUAGAGUCACCCAUGUUCCUGUUGGUCAACAUGAAUAUGUGAUAAAACAGACAUUUUAACGCCCAUGUUAUUAUAAAGAAAUACCUCAAUUCAACCUUGUUCAGUUAUGCUUUGUUGUGUUACAAUGCUUGAAUCUUUUCAAAGUUAUUCUCUAUAGAUAUAGUAGAAUAAAUUAUAUUGAUUUAAGCAAAGCAGUUAAGGCGCACCUGAAUGCACUUUGCCUAAUUAAGGGCUGCCACAGGAAGGCAGCAGGCUUCUCUGCAGGCCUGCAGUUUGUUUCCUCCCAUAAUAACUAUUUAUGCAGACGUUUAACAGAUUCAUUGACAGGAAGUUGGUACUUAAACACCGUUCCUAGUGACGGGAGGAAGCGUUUCACUCUCUUCUGCUCCGUUUUCUACAAAUACACAUAGACUGAAUAAUUGAAGUGUGGCUCACAUGGCCUGUCAUGCAGCAGGACAACCUGCAUUUAAAGUCAGAACAGUCAGGACCGGUUGGCUCGGAUUUCCCUCGUCAGCCAAGUUACACAUUCAUGCAAGAAGGUAUUUCCUCUGUAGCUGUUGCAUAGUCUUGGGUUUUUGCAGUACAGAAUAAUUAUUGGUUUUGUCUCAACAGCAGUUGCACUGUAUGAGUGUUGAUCUUGCUUGUAUGAUUAAAAAGCACGCUGUCUACUCCUUCAGGUGUGAAUCGGAUCAGGCGAUGUGUGAGAGAUGGUUUAAACCAGGACCAAACUGAUAACAGUCGGUGCUUUCUCCUUAUUUUCCUUCCGCAGUCCAACAGCAACUGUCAGAAAUAACUUGAGAGGCUCCUACACCACUCUGUCCCAUAUUUAAGCCUUUACAUUCAUCAUCCUGUUUUUGGAAGCAAUAUAAUUAAGGCAGAUGACAACCCAUUACUUAUGACUGUGUGGUGACUACAAGUUAUACUUGUUUUUUGAGAUUUGGUCUUUUUUUUUUUUUUCAAGGCAAAGUCCAUUUUUAGCUUUUUACAGCCUUGUAUAAGCCACGAGGUCAUCAUCCUACAUGUUUGUUCUGUCAGACCGUGCACGCUGUAGUCAUCUUUGUUAGCUGAGCUGCUUUUACAGGAAGAUGCCCAACUCUUAACUCUUGGCUAGUUCACCUUUAAAAUACAACCCGCUGUCUGUCUCUCAAAGACAUUUGGGUUCCUAUUCCUAACUAGGCCAUUGUAAAGUAAGUGGGACACAGUUCUGGCUCCUGAUGUUCUUAUCUCUGCAGAUAAAUAUGGUACGGUCAUAUUUACAGAAAUGGGUACCACAGUGGUCCAAAGAAGGUAAAUACAAAGUAUAUUCAACUUCAACUGGACAGGAUUUUGCUUUACAGAUGUUUUGCAAUUUUUUGGGGCAAAUAAACUAGUAUAUCCUCAAGGGGAACAUCCUCAAUUUGCCUCACUUCCUCAUUAGUCCUACGCUGGCAUCGUAGCAAUGAGUGGAGCCCGAGCCUUGUAAACUGAUCUGAAAGGAGGUGAGCCAUCCAGCUGAGAUGUUAGACUACCAGGCCAGGCAGGAGCUAGUCACAGGAUCUUGCCUCGAGAGGUCUUAGUAUCAUAUGAUGGGCCUGCAGGGGGAUAAACACAAGCUCUCAUAUGGUACAUGCAGUGUGAUCCUCUUUAAAUAAACACCCAGAAACAUCCCUGAAUAAAAAGCAGUGUGGAAUGUAGCAAAUUGGAUGUCCUGUGAACAUGUUACUGAUGUGGAUCCCCUGUAUUGUGAUUGUCUCUCGUGGUUACACUGCUCCUAUUACACAUCAUAACAUUAUUUAUAGGACUGCCAACUAUUAGUUACUGCAGAUGUUUGUUUUUUAUUGCAGCAUUGCUUUUCCCUGCUUUGAACUGUGACCUGCUGUGCUACACAUGCAACAUUUCAGUCACUGCAGUAAAUGAAAUCUGUAUAGCAGUUUAGAGCAGGGGGGGGGGGGAGGAGAACUGUCUUCAAUCGUUUCCCUACUUGCAGAGACUAGAGGAUAUCCCCAUUAAAGUGGCAGAAGAUCGGGUUACCUCAACCCGGAUCAAUGACUCAGCCAGUCAUCAGGGAGCACCAGAGGUCUUUACCAGUACACACUCUCCUUGGUUAAGUGCAUUCCCACCUCCUUCCAUUUCCUACUUCUAGUCUUUGCCCAGAUGAGUACAUUUCCUUCUGGACGUCAAAUGCACACUUUUAACAGUCUGUCUGACCACAUCCUGUUGGAGCUGGAAAAAACGAAGCCGUUAUUGUAUUACUUUAUGAACGUAUUCCUGACAGACGCAUGACUGUCGUGGAAAAAUGUAAUUGUAUGCGUCUGUGGCGCUUGAGGGAGCAAUUCUAAUUUUGACUCGCAUCUAUAGCUAUAGCUAGCGCAUUGCUAAACUGUUUUAUUUGUUUAUUGCUUGAUAUUUGAUAUAUUGAUAUAUUUGUUUUGUAUGUCUUCUUCUGCAGUAGUGGUAAUUUCCUUAGUAGAUUUAGUUACAGCCAGAUAAAGCAAAGAGGCAGAAAAGUCAGCUUUAGUCAAAGUUAUUGUAGAUAGAAAAUUAUAUGUACGUGAGGCUAAAAAUCGAGUUAACUAAAUGUAUUUAUAAAGUUAUUAAUUUUUAUUAAAUAUUGGUUAAAAGCAAUUUUACAAGUCAAAGGCCAGUUUCUUGUGUUUUCAGAGUGAAUGGAAGAUCAUGUGUUGAUAUUUGUGCUGGUGCCUUCGGCAUUGUGCUUAAAGAGAUCAACCUUCAAUGAGACAAUAGCCUACUGAGCAACUGUUCUGGAAGAAUCUGCCCACCAGCUCUAGGGGAGCUGAAUACACAGGCAUAUGAAUGCUUAAGGAUAACCAUACAGAAGUUUGUUAUUGAACAAUGUCCUCUCUUCUUUGGACCUCUCUCUCAGGUGUAGUUAGCUGACGCACAGCCAUGAUGAAAUCGGGGGCCAUGAAGGUGGGGCUGCCCAAGCCGGGACUCCAGGAGCGGAGCAAGCAAGCCUCCUCGACCACAUUUUCCUCCACCACCACCUCCUCCACAGCCAUGAAGACCUCCAGAUCUUCUAACACGCUGGCCUCAGACCAGCGCCUCAGCAGGCUGAAAAGAGCCAGCAGUGAUGAUGCCUUGAUAAAGCCUGCUCUGGGAGCCGCUGGCUCCCGGAUGAAGAAGACUGUGACCACCGGAGCCAUCUCAGAUCUCACGGAGGCCCGCCCUCGCAGCCUGUCUGGUGCACAAGCAGCCAAGAAGUCUGGUAUCCCAGCUCCUAGAGAGAUUCCUUCUUCCAUAACAAGAGACCGCAUCUCUCUGAGGGACCAGCUUCGGAGCUCCACCACAAAGAGGAUGGUGUCUAGUGCCAGCACUUCCAGCCUCUCCACCCUGACAAAGCCGACACGCAGUUCAACCAAGUCCCGUGGAGAUGCAGAGGUCCAGGAAAAGGGCCUUCUGGAGUGCCAGGUGAAAGAUCUGCUGGCUGAGGCCAAGGCCAAAGACUUAGAGAUCAGCAAUCUCAGGAUGGAGUUGCAGUGUUGCAAAGGUAAAGCCUCCACUGCUUCCUCACCCAACUCCGUCUCAUGGGAAGAGCCUGCUGCAGAUCAAGAGCAGGGAAAGGUGGCGGAGGCCUUUGUGCUGGUUGGGGAGCUGAGGGAGAAGAACGGGAAGUUUCAGAGAGAGCUGGCAGCGCUUAGGGAGGAGAACCAGGCACUGAAGGAAAAGCUGCUUUGCUUGGAUGCCUCUCCUCUCUCUAGUACAGACUCUAGCACCCAUUCCAAGCCUUUGGUGAAUGGCCUGUCCUCAGACUCCAACUCUGCAACUCCGCAACUGGACAGUCUCCCCUGUGCUGCCAGUCCUCUCAAAACCUCUGUCUCUUCCAGUUCUGACAUCGCCAAGGACUCCCCAUCGCCCGACUCCUCAGAGUUUGAGAGGAUCCCGUCUCAUUCAGAAUCGGCGAGCAGCGGUGUCAGUGGGGAAGUCGUUGUAGUGGGGACAGAGGGGCAGGACGUGGCGGUGCGGAGCCUCACAGAACAGAUUCACAAGAUGGAGGAGAGCCACCACAGCACCGCCGAGGAGCUGCAGGCAACUCUGCAGGAGCUGGCCGACCAGCAGCAAGUGGUGCAGGAGCUGACGGCCGAGAACGAGCGUCUGGCCGAGGAGAAGCGCCUCCUGCAGACCUCACUUCAACAGCAGAGGGAGCGCCUGGAGAAGCUGGCCCAGAAGAACGAGACGCUUGCUGGCCGACUUCAGGAGCAAGCCCAGGCUCAUGCCCAGAGGGAGGAGGAGUUGGGUAGCCAAGGGCCUCGGCUGGCCGAGCUGGAGCAAAGGUAUUCCGAGCUGGUCGAGAGCUCGCGCUUCGAACGGGAAAAGCUGGUGGACAUCCAGCAGCAGCUGACGGGCAGCCUACGGGCUCUGGAGGGGGAGAACCAGGAGGCCCAGGGCCAGGCGCGCUGCCUCAGAGAGGAGAUGGACAGGCUGCAGUCCCAGCUGGACAGGGAGCUAGAGGCCGGAGGUCAGGCAGCACAGGCCGCGGAGGAGCAGAGGGCGACAGCAGACAGUCUCCGACUGGAAAACAGUAGGCUGAAAGCGCAGGUGGACAUUGAGAGGCAAAAAGUUGGUGAGUUGAAGGCCAUGCAGAGUGCCAGUGAUAGCACUGAGAUGCAGGACUUGCUGAAAACAGCCCACGCUGAGAGAGACAGGCUGGAGGUGGAGCUGACAGAGCUGAGGCAGGAGCUGCUACAGGCCCAAGCCGAGGCUGAGCAUGUGCAAUCCACAAUGUCCAAGGUGGAGGCCAAAUGCCAGCAGGUUCAGGAGCGGGCCGAGAUGAGGGAGCAGGAUCUCGGUAGCCGGAUGACUUCGCUGGAGGAGGUCGGGAUCCAUGCCGAGAACCAGGUGAAGGAACUGAAGGAGACCAUCUUUGAGUUGGAGGACCAGGUGGAGCAGCAGAGGGCUGUCAACUGCCACACCAACCAAGCCGUCCUGGACAUGGAGAAUCUCGUCAAAAAGCUGGAGGAGCAGAAAGCUGAAGCAGACCGACAGCUGAAAGUCUUGAGUAGACGGAUUAAGGAGGAAAAAGACGAGUGGCGUCGGUUCCAGGCGGACCUCCAGACGGCAGUGGUGGUGGCAAACGACAUCAAGGUGGAAGCUCAGCAGGAGCUGCGUACACUCAGGAGGCAGCUGCAGGAGGAACAGGGUCGCAGUGCAAAGCUUUCUACAGACCUUGAAGCCCUGCAGGGUGUCAGGUCCCAAGGUGACGAGGUGAGGGUGUCCGACUCCGAUAUCAACCGUCACUGGUGCGGCAUCUCCGUGAUCCCGACCACACCCUCCGACGCCAGUGGAGAUGCAGACUCAGAGCCCGAAGCUACUGUCAAAUCCCUCAUUAAGUCCUUUGAUACUGUUGGACAGAGUAUGUUAUCUGGUCUUUCAGAUGGACCAGGCCACACGGUUCAAAUGCCUUCCUCUCCAAGAACACCGCUGAGUGGGAUCCCUGUACGCACUGCUCCUGCUGCUGCCGUCUCCCCCGUCCAGAGACACACGUACAUAAAGCCACUGUCAAAGACAUUAGAAAACAGAAUCCACCAUGGAGAAUUCUCUCAUCAUCAUGAGGGGUGCGGGGAAGACCUGAAACCUAACAGCCUGAUGAGGAAGAGCCCUUCUCUCGAGUCUGUGAUCAAACCCCCCGCCUCCUUCGGCAGCCGCACAGCAUCCUUCAGCUACAACCGAGGCGACAGCAAACUGAGUGUGGAAAGAAAGGACCCCUUGGCUGCACUGGCGCGGGAGUACGGAGGAUCUAAGAGAAACGCUCUACUGAAGUGGUGCCAGAAGAAAACAGAAGGCUAUCCGAAUAUUGAUGUGACCAACUUCAGCAACAGUUGGAGUGACGGCUUGGCUUUCUGUGCCCUCUUGCACACAUAUCUGCCCGCUCACAUCCCUUACCAUGAACUCAUCAGUCAAGAUAAGGACCGGAAUCUGACCCUGGCUUUCCAGGCCGCCGAGAGCAUCGGGAUCAAACCCUCUCUGGACAUGGAGGAGCUGAUGAAGACGGACCGGCCGGACUGGCAGAGCGUCAUGCAGUACGUCUCUCAGAUCUACAAGUACUUUGAGACCUGACCGACGGGGGAGAGGGGGAGCUGGAGACCGAUGAAUCGGAGGCACUGCAGCACUUUUACGUCUACAUUUACCUUUCAGACAGACCGACUGCUGCUCACUGACACCAGGGACAUGACUGAGGAAGUCACAGAGCUGCUCUUUACUCAUUUCUUAACGGGACAGGACAGUGAGCGCUGAGGCCCACAUUUACAAAGACUGCAGUCAGGAAACAGGAAUGCCCUUUUUACCAGUUUAACGUGUCAAUUGAGCAUCUGAUUCACAAACAAAUGAGAGCAGACGAACACAUUAUGGUGCAAAAUACUUUCCAAGCCUUGUGGCAGUUGACAGCAUGACUGAGAGAGGAUUCAGAACAGAUUUUUUUCUCUCCAUUGACUUUGAAAGAACAGACAAAAAUACACACACACAAGAUAUUUUUCAAUUAUUUGCUAAUUAUCAGUGUUGUUUGUGAAUCCAAUGCUCUGGUUGUGGUCACUUUCAAUAUGUGCCAAAUCUUCUUCCACGACACAACUUGUUCCAGACCAUCUAUGCAUGAUGACAGCGUAGCCUGAGCUGCUGUGUGGCUGCUCCGUGUGGCGUCUACUUUCACUGAGCAACAGGCAGUCACGAGGGAAGCAGUGGGAAACCAAACUUUCCAUAAAAUUUGUUCCGUUUGCUGAAAUGUUGCUUUGAAGAAUUGGAUCAGUUCUCAUACCGAGUGCUUAUUGUGAACUAGCUGGGGUUGUACUUUGCAGAGCAGAGAGUAUUUUGAACUGACGGGUUUGAGUAGAACUGAAGCCUUUAUAUUUUUCACCUUUAAUUGUGUGCAUUCUUUCGAAUAGAAAUCAAACAAACUCCAGCAGCCAUCUGUGGUGCGAAACUAAAUAGGAUUUAAAGGAUGGGCAGAAUAGAACCAUCGUGUCGUGCCCUCCUGUGUUUUCUUCACGUUUUCCAUCAAGACCGUCUCAACAACUAUGGUACUGCGGCUACUUUGCCAAAUAUACAUAUUUGGCAUUGUCAUGUUCAAUUUUGAAGGAGAUGAUGACUUUUACAUGUGAGAGAAGAGCCACCACACUUUCCCUCGUGGUAUGAUUUAGACAAUCCUCCAUUUGCAGAUGCCCUUGUGUUUGGGAAGAUUAAAGUGUUAUUUAUUUAUUUACAAGACUUGCAUCAUGAAAAGUGAGAUUGUGGACAGAAGCGUGUGCAGUUUUCUAUUUACCGAUGUCAGAUUUGGAGGCCUGGCGGAUGGAUAUUGCUCAAUAAAGGAUUGUUGAAGUUUUAUAUGAAAUGAUUCACUUUUUAAAAAUGAUUAUUCAGGUUAUCUUUUGAC